GUGAUAAACAAAGUUACAAAACCAGCCUAAUAAACAAAGCUAUCUCAAGUUCUUAACAAAAAAAAUGGCCCAAAUAUUUAUAAUUUUAUACCUGAUUCCUGAACCUCAGAACCUGAGCAGUUGAGACUUGAGAGAGGCGGAGAGCAGAGAAUCAGAGAGAGGCUGAGAUGAGAACAGACUGAACAGUGGAGACUGGAGACUAGAGAGAGGCGGAGAGCAGAGACUAGAGAGAAAGCGUUUUCAUGGUGAAGUAAUAAUUUUUGGUGGCACCAAGAAAGGAGAUUUUUCUGUUGGCUGAGGCAUGUACUCUCCACAACUUCCACUGGCACGUGGGCGUGUGCCGUCAUCGUCUCCAUCCUCCUCUUUCUCCUUUGAUGCACAACAUGCAGACCCAGGAGGUCUGGAAGCUGCUUUGCUCCAAAUAAUGCAUGACCAUCACCACACCUCUCUCAGACUCCGUGACCAAGCCGAGAGAGCGAAGAAAGAUGCAAUUCAAAAUGCAGUGCGAGUUUCAGAUCUGUUGGUGGAUGCUGUGAACAGUGGAGUGCAGGAAUCCUUUAUCAAUGAGAAGCGAAUUGAGCAUGAAAUUCGAUCAUUAGCAGUCACGAUUGCCCGCUUCAUGAAGCAGACCAAUCAAUGGCUCACCGCGACACGUGCUAUAAACACCGCUGUCAAGGAAAUUGGAGACUUUGAGAACUGGAUGAAGACCAUGGAAUUUGAUUGUAAAAGCAUCACCGCUGCUAUCCAAAACAUUCACCAAGCAUGACCAUUUUGUAAGUUGUGUUCUAUGUUUUUUGUGAAAUGAAUAGUGUUAUCUGAUAUUAACAAUUGCAUUCCAACGAGACUUGUUGCUCAACUAGCAUUUUUUGGUGUCUCUGAUGGAGAUGUCCAAGUUCAAGUUCCCCUCCCCCAACUAUCAAACUAUCAAGGAAAAAAAUGUCCAAACAAUUGCAUUCCAACUGCCAAUUUGGUAGAUCCUUUAUGAGAAAGAUCCAACAAUGAAUACCUAUAAAAAAAAUAAGAAAAGAUUCAAUAUUGAA